UGAACUUUUCCUCACAGGAACAACAGUCGUACAUCAACAUCCUCAUAAAAUAAAUAAAUGAGCACGAGUUCUAAAUGUCCGAUGGAAUAUCUUCUUUAAUCUUAGGUGUUUGGCAACAAAACAAACCUCGGAUCGUCUUGUGCUGUGGGAAAAACUGCUGUAAAGGCGCUUUGGAUGAGAAGAGUCAUGGCAUCUUUUGUCGUUAUUGAUCCGAAAGCCAUGGCAGCCGGUUGAAAAAGUUACAAAAUCGAAGUCUAGAUGUCUGCGGAACUCGAAAUGGGAUUCUCUCGCGUUUCUUUUGUAUUCAUAAUAGAUUUUAGAAUCAUUUUACUGUAGAUCAUGUGUGACGGUCGAAAGCAUUACUUAUGGAUAAUACUCGGCUUUAUAAAUGUUGUUUAUGCACAAGUUCCACCGAAAUUGGCUCCACUUCCACGAGACUUGGAAUUCAAGAGAGGAGAACGUUUUCAACUGGUGUGUUCAUGCAGGGAGGGCGAGCCUCCGCUCACCUUCAGCUGGGUCCGGGAUGGACAGACUCUUAUAGAGAGCAUGGAAGUGUCUGUCAGACGAUUUGAUGAGUUCUCUUCCUCCAUUACUAUAUCAGCUCUCAGGGAAGACCAUGCUGGAAAUUACACGUGCAUCGUCUCCAAUCAGGGUGGUAGUGACAGUUCAACAGUGAAACUGAAAGUUUUAGUUCCUCCAACGUGGUUGCGUCAACCUUACGAUAUGUCUGUGUUGUCUGGAGCCAGAGUCACACUGAAUUGCGAGACUGCUGGGACACCAAAACCAACGGUGACAUGGAGGAGAAGCAAAGGGUUCAACCUGCAGCACAUGGAGACUUUAACAGCCACUCAAUGGAGGACUGGAGAAGAUGGCAGCUUGACCACCUCUGCGGUCAAAAAGGAAGACGAAGGAUUCUACUCGUGUGAAGUCGCCAAUGGAGUUGGGGAAGGACUCAGGAAAACUGUUCGAAUAGAAGUUCAAGUCCCUCCUAGCGUGUCAGUAUCGGAAGCGGAGAGAACGGUAAGGAAAGGCGAUUCAAUCACUUUGCGCUGCGACGUCUCCGGUGAUAUACCUUUGACAAUCAACUGGGCGAAAGCCAACAGGAAUUUACCUCUUAUCAGCGAAGACAGAAUAAAAAUUCAGGAAGAUUCAACUAUUGAAAACUCCAGUUCAUCUGUAAUUAUUCGCAACACCGCAGCUGAAGAUACCGGUCUUUACAUUUGUACAGCAAGAAACACAUAUGGGCAAAGUCAAGCUACUAUCAGAUUGAAGAUAGUUGAACAACCUAGCACACCUUUGAAUUUUCAAGUCGCUGAAAUAUGGUGCAAAAGUGUUCGAUUGAAAUGGAAGCAACCUUAUAAUGGAAACAGUCCACUCAAACAUUACAUCAUUCGUUACAAAAGAAAGGACUCUCACAUGAAACCUACGGAAACCAAGGUGCCUGAUUCUCAGAAUUCUGUCGUGAUCCGGGACCUGCGGCCUAGUGUCACCUACAGUUUUCACGUGCUGGCUGUGAACGACGUAGGAGCCAGCGGUGCCUCCUCCACGGUGCAUGCCACCACCCGUGAGGAAGAACCGGAGGCUGCCCCAGUGAAUGUCCAUGUUAAAAGCAAGGAUUCGGGAGGAUUUUUGCUGUCUUGGAAGCCUCCUCCGGUCGAACAUUGGAACGGUGACAUAAUAGGCUUUUCCAUCGGUUACAAGAGGGUGUCUCACGGUUCCACGCAGUCUCUGCCCUUUACCUACAAGAUCUUACCCGCUUCUCUGUCCCUUGCUAACCCUGGGCUGGAGGCCAGUGCUUCCAGAGAGUUCGAAGUGUGUGGUCUGCAAGAGUCUUCCAGCUACACGGUUGUAGUGCAGGCCAUGACCAGGGCUGGGAUUGGCCCAGCUUCCCAGCCGGUUCUCGUCAAAACGUCUUAUGGAGAAUCUCCCCAAGUUCCUAGUGUAAGUCUUCUUUCCACCCAACAGACUGUCAUAACUCUCAGGGUGGAGCCUACUGGGAGAAAAAGAGCCUCACCUACUCAAUACAUGUUGCAUAUUCGAGAAGGAACUGGACAUUGGCUGAAAAUUCCUCUAACUCCUCCUAACAAGACUGAGUAUCGAGUCGGAGGUUUGCUGUCUGGUGCCCAGUACAAGUUGUAUGUCACGGCCAGAAAUGGAUACGGCGACAGCGGACCUUCUGAAGUGGUGACUUUUCGUACGGAACCCGAAAGUGCCAGCAGUUCCAUGUUUCAGUACGAAGAAGAAGACAUUGCCAUACCUUUUUACCAAAAGCUGUCUUUCAUCAUCCCUGUGGCCGUUUCCAUGACAACAAUCCUCGUAGUCCCUAUUGCGGCGUGCUGUUGCCUCAGGAAACUGAAUACUCUUCAGAGACCUAGGCCAGAAGGCGUGGAGUCUCGCGGUUUCACGUACACCGCUUCCGGAUCAGGAGAGUGCACUUCCAGUUCGGCUCCACGACCUCGAUCGCUACCUCCUCAGCCUACCACCUCUUCCACUACGGAUUCGGGACACUACUCCACACUACAGAACUACGGUAGCGUCAUACCCGUCAAUGAUCCCAGGUUUAGCCAAUUCAUGAUAGAAAGCAAACUGGCAAAUCAGGUGGUCAGCUUACCACCAAAAAGUAAUUGCUGAGAAAGAAAAAAAAAAAGAAAAAAAAAAAAAGAAUCACCAUCUUCCUAUGAAUAGUUCCAAGAGAUAAUCAUCGAUUGUGGAGCCAGUUAUAUGAAAUACUGAAUCGAUGUGAUGAUUCAAACUUCGUGGCAACAACUCACACGAUGAGUUAGUUGUUUCUACGUGAUUCGAAGGGCAACUCUUUGCCAUUUAUGUGAUUGAACAGUUCAACCCAAAAUGCAAAUGUACAUACACACAUCACCCUUCUCCUUCACCAACUGUAGCCAAAGGAACACAUUGCAAUUCAGAAACCACGAAAAAAAAAAUCUGUACAUGGUUUUAUUUUUGUCACUGACUCUUAGAUAGACCAGCGUUCUCAUGUUUGAAAAACGUGAAAACCUGAAGAUACGUUCUCAAAAUUAUGUUCGACUCCUCUACUACAAUUCAAGACCUAAUUUUGAAGGCAGUCUAAGAGUCAAAUUAGUAAGAUGGACAAAAAGACAACGUGUUAAAUGUGAUAAAAUUUUUUUCCCCCUACUUUGAUGGAAUCAAUGUAUUAUGUUUAAAAACGCUUAUUCAAAUGGAAAUAUUACAGGCCAAAUUUAUUAGUAAAAAAAUUAUGAUAUUAUUUUAUUUUUUAAAUAUAA